AUGAUGAAAAGAAGAAUUCGGUCUCCUUUGUUCUUGACCACACAUUUUAAUAUUGCUACAUCGUCGACUACGGUCGAAAUGUUCCUCGGAUAUAUCUCAUCGAAAAAGGGUUUAUCACUUUUUAUUCCUAGAGAAGAAAGUAAAGAUAAAGUAAAAACCAUUAAACUCAACUUUUCAGUAUUUCCAACGGACCAUUGUAAUGCAUUACAACAACUAAGAGAAGUUACUAGGUUGCAAAAUGAAAUAAUAAAGCCCCUAGAAUUGAGAAUAUUUAGCAGCGACGAGACGCACGAAUUCGAAUUUAUGUUACGCCAGAGAUGGAAAGUAAAAUAUUGGAAAGAGUCUCAAAUGGGAUUCAAACGGAGCAGACGCUAUCAAAGCAGCAAGUGUAAAGCCACAACGUAA